AUGUCAUCAUCAUAAUAACCUAAUUGGGCAAUAUCUUUAAUGUGAUACAUUGUUUCUGCACUGUAAAAACAUUUAUAGGCUACUCUCAUAACAGUGCGUGCACCCUCCCUUCUCUCUGUCCCUCUUGACUUGGUGACAGACCUAAAAGCCUUUUGUUGCAAUCUUAGCCAAUGGAGACGGAUUACGACACCGGGCAGCUGAGAUAUAUAAAGAGCCCCUUUUUGACCGCACUUGCACAUUUUUCAGUGACACUUCUGAACAUUCACAUACCUAAAUGGACUAAAUUGUACAGAAGACCCCCAAACAACCAUUAUACUACACGUGAGCGGGCGAUGCAUUCAUCAAACAGAUAAUUAGUUUACCUUCAACCCAAUCAGCCUGUACCGAGACACACUGGAACGUACUUUUUUUCCUUUUUUUUUUUUUGAAAAUUUAUUGCAAAAUCUGCAAAAAGCAACUUCGGGGUGAUCGUAUUGGAUUAGAUGCAUGUCACUGAUUCCCUGCCUUUUGUAGGAUAAGGCAAGGAGCGGCGCACAUCCGAGACGGGGGAUAUAACGGGAUAAAGCGAGUGAAAGGACAAGAAAAAACAGGAAAAAGUUACACUGCCCGGUAUCCGCGCAUCGUCAUGCCGAGGUACAACUUCUUACUGUGCUUGAUGGUGCUCAUCUCCCUGGGACAGUCGGGGAGCGAUGAGCCCAAUCUACUGCUGCCUUCUGCCAGCGAGACGCCCACGGAUGCCGGGCUGUCCCUGCUGGACGAGGACGCCGGUUCUCACGAGUGCUCCGCCUGUGUUUGGAGGGAGCAGAGCAAAGUGCUGAGACUUGAGACCAUUAAGUCCCAGAUCCUGAGCAAGCUGCGUCUGAAACAGGCGCCCAACAUCAGCCGAGAGGUGGUCAAUCAGCUGCUGCCCAAGGCGCCUCCGCUCCAGCAGCUCCUGGACCAUCACGACUUCCAGGGAGACGCGUCGUCCCAGGAUGAGUUCAUGGAGGAGGAUGAGUACCACGCCACCACGGAGUCCGUGAUCACCAUGGCCUCUGAGCCGGAGCCCCUGGUGCAGUUCAACGGCAAGCCGAGCUGCUGCUUCUUCAAGUUCAGCCCCAAACUGAUGUUUACCAAGGUGAUUAAGGCCCAGCUGUGGGUGUACCUGCGACCGCUGCAGCAGACCUCCACCGUCUACCUGCAGAUCCUGCGGCUAAAGCCUGUCACAGAGCAGGGCAGCCGCCACAUCCGCAUCCGCUCCCUCAAGAUAGAACUCAACUCCAGGGUUGGCCACUGGCAGAGUAUUGACUUUAAGCAUGUGCUGCAGAACUGGUUCAAACAGCCCCACACCAACUGGGGAAUCGACAUCAACGCCUUUGAUGAGAGCGGCAAUGACCUGGCAGUUACCUCGCUGCGACCAGGGGAGGAGGGGCUGCAGCCGUUCCUGGAAGUGAAAGUUCUUGAGACGACCAAACGCUCUCGGAGAAACCUCGGCCUCGACUGCGAUGAGCACUCCACCGAAUCUCGCUGCUGUCGCUAUCCUCUGACUGUGGAUUUUGAGGCGUUUGGCUGGGACUGGAUCAUUGCCCCCAAACGCUACAAAGCCAACUAUUGCUCUGGCCAGUGCGAGUACAUGUUCAUGCAGAAAUACCCGCACACCCACCUUGUACAGCAUGCCAACCCCAGAGGCUCCGCGGGGCCCUGCUGUACCCCAACCAAGAUGUCUCCCAUUAACAUGCUCUACUUCAAUGACAAGCAGCAGAUAAUUCACGGCAAAAUCCCAGGGAUGGUGGUGGAUAGAUGUGGUUGCUCUUAGGCUGCAGGGAAGACGCACGCUUGUGCACAGCCACCAUCGCAUCAAACCACCCAAAACCCUUAUGGAGCUCUUCCCUGACACCAGAACCCACUUUUCAGCACCAGAUUUCACUUUUGCUCAGCCACAAAAAUCAUCUCACUGGGUUUCCAUUUAUUCAAGUAAUUAAAUUGAUUCAAACAGUAAAAACAAAACAAAAAAACAAACAAAACAAAAACAGUUAUAAACGGAAAAGACUGAGCUAUGGAAAUACAGUACAUAAUGAAUAAUUUAAAGUUGUUGUUAAGGUUGUCUUUGUGAAGCAGCUUCGGAAAUUGGUAAAAGAGACAAAACUAUGUUAUAGAUUAUGUUACGAGUAAGUUUUGUGGGUUUUUAAAGUUGUUGUUUUUUUAUAUAGCAUCUUUGCAAAAUGUCCAGGUUAGUGGAUUGAGAUGACAGGAGACAUCAGCAUUUACAAUAUUUUAAAGCAAUUCCAGUCCUAAGGGGAGUUUGGAAAAUUUUAAUUUCACAAAUACACUUACUUACGGUUGAUAUUUUAUCCACAAAAAAUGUUUGCAAGGGGGCAUGAUCAGAAUUAUUUUGCAGUCCAUUACUUUAAUAAAAAUAACUAAAUCCAUGCUAGUGUGGGGAGGGUUCACCAUUAGAAAUACUCUUAGUAUACAUCUAAAAUCUUGUUUACAGAUGUUUAGAGAUGUGCUCUAGAGAUGUAAAGGGUUGAGGAGAUCCAAAACUAAACAUAUACCCUCUAUUCUUGUAUAACACCCCAGUGUGACAUUCUCGAGUAUCUACAAAACCUUUCACAGUUACUUUGAUCUUUUUUAUUUGUAGUCUUGUAAAACUCGGAAAGGGAGAGAAAAGGUUAUAUUAUUUUAACUCCUUCUUUUUUAACUUUUAAAUCAGAUUUUAAAAAGCCAGUAUAGCUAUUUCUGCCAUUCUGCAAAAGUAAAUAAGACAUAUUUAGGAUUCACUUCCACACUAAGUCUAAAAACUAAGAACUGUAAUGUAGAUCUCUCAAGUCAUUCAGCACUGUCUGGGAGAGGAGGAGGAGCAGGAUCUUGCAGGAUCACAAGAACCCGAGACAUUUUCUUUCUUCUACGUGACAAAAGGAAAAUACACUUUAACGCCUUCAACUUUUGCAUGAAAUGUUUAAAACUGAGACGUAAAUGCACUGUUUCAUAACUUGAAGAGGCCUGGGACAGAGGAUGUAAUAACAAACGGAAAGUAAAAUCCUGAAAUAAAACACACAAGGGUGACAGUAAUGCUCAGAUGUUCACCCUGCUGUGAAUUAUUGAGCUGAAAAAGCACAAAACAGCAUUAAUGACUAGAGGUUUACACACUUAUACUUCCAGCAGUGUUUGCAUCCAUGUUAAAAAAAAAUACACGUACAUUUAGAAAGAGCAGUAGCUUACUCAAGUAGAGCCAGUUCAUUCACUUUACUAGUUUCAGAAAAGAUGAAAAUGCAAAAUCCUUUAACUGCAGUUUUGUCACCUACUCAGAAAUAAUAGUUUUUAUGAAUCACAACCAACCACAUAACACGUGCAAAUCAGAGAAUGUAACUAAACCACUGACUUAAGUUUAGAGAACAUAUUUGAUUGUGUUUUGAAAUGCCCCCAUCCACCUCAACUGUAUUGUCAUUAUCAUAAAAUAUUGUUAGUGCUUGAACACACAGUAGAUUAGUAAAGCUUGAAGUCUGUCUUUGUCUCCUGGAUGUCAAAGCAAAGAUAUCCUUUUGUUGUAAACGAAAGCACUAUGCUGUUGGAUAAAGGAAGAGCCUUCUGACAUUAUAUAUAAAUGAUAUAUGUAUAUAUUAAAAAAGGGGUAAAAAACCUUUUUUGGGGCACUCUACCUUACCAACAAUAAAUUUUGCACUAUGGGACGUUCAUGGCGUAAGGAGGUAAAGUGUUGUUUGUGUUUUACCAUGCACAAGAGAGCUUGUACAGUAUAGGAUUUAAAAAAAAAAAAACUAUUCAAGCUUCUGGUGAUAAACCAUGAAAUAGAGAGGUUUUCACUUCUUUUUGAUACCAUCACGCUUUCCUGACUUUUGUCUGAAGCGGGGGCCUGUCCAUACACUCACACACUUUUAUCCAAUCUGGAACCUGGACGUACUGUACCAGCGGCCUGAAAGGCCUCCUUGCUCACUUUGGGUGAUAAGUCAUGUGUAUAAUAAGUGUCUGGAUCAUUGAAAUAGAAUGCUUUAACUGGAAAUGGCCCACCCAACAACUUUAAUCUGUUACCAUGUUAGAGAGACUACGUCCUUUUGACUUAAAAAAUGUGUUGACUGUCUUGCAUAGACAUCUGUUUGCCUUUGUGUGUAUUUUAAGUGAAAGCACCCAUGUAAGAAUGGGAGGAGUAUCCAGGGAUUGUUAGCCAAAGUAGAGGAUGGCAUGUUGUGUGCUGUAACUUUUGUGAUUGCAGGAAUAUGCUAGAACAUUACAAAGGGAGGAAAAAGCUGGUUUAGGGGCAGUGGUUGGAAAUAAUUCAACUGGUCAAUUUUAUAUUUAUUAAUAUUAAUUACAAUGCAUUUCUACGUCUGUCUACCUCACUUUAGCCUCCUAAUACCUUUUUUUUUUAUUUGUCAUUGAUAAAUCUUUUGCAAACAUUUAACCUAUAAGAAGCCCCACCCCCCAGAAAAUGCAGAUGAAAACCACAGGGUCUCCUUGCUCUCAGGUUCAGAUUGAGUUAUUGACAGAGUGACUGAUGGUAGCGGCUCUGGUAAUGUGUGGUCAAAAGAAAUAAUUAGCUGUGCCCACAUCUAUGGCUUGUUGAGAAGUUGCAUUUUGAAUUUAAGUGUUUGUAUACUGGUAUGUGUGUGAGUGUUUUCAUAUAAAUAUAUGAGAGUAAGAAAUCUCUAUGUAAAUACCUACCCAAAUGUUGACAUUUAUGAUGUUUUGGACAGGUUCACCGCUUCUAAUGUUUUUCUCACUUUCCCCUUCAUUCCUCCAUUCUUUGUGUAGUUUUUAAAAAGAAUCACCCCAACUUUGUAGUUUAAUGCUUGUGCAUAUAAAUAACUGUUCAAUUGUUAUUUUUGCCGUUUGUUGUUUAUUUACUGUCAUUUUCUUUUGUACAAUAAAUCAUUUAUUUAGCUUA